CGGGGUCGGAGAAGCGUUUUGCCAUUUUGUGACGCCUCGCGGUGUAUUUUACCUUUCGUAAACAAUAGACAACACGUUUUUUUCAACUCGAAUCCCCCGUGGACAGUAGCUAAAUCAAUUACCUAAAAUCGACAGGUAAAAUGUCGAAACGAAGAAUCGAAGUUGUGGAUCCGUACAUCAAACGAAAGAGGGACGAUGGACUAGACCCAUCCUCUUCCUCGUCGACUCCCUCCGUCGCCCCAUCAAAAGCCCCAUCUCAACUGAAUCCUUACACCACCCUACCAUACACUCCUCGCUACUAUGAAUUCCUAAAAAAACGAAUAACUCUGCCAGUAUUCGAGUACCGAGCGGAUUUCAUGCGACUGCUUGCACAGCACCAGUGCAUCGUGCUGGUGGGUGAGACGGGUUCUGGAAAAACGACUCAGAUACCCCAGUGGUGUGUCGAGUACUCGAUGUCAAUGGGUGCAAAAGGUGUUGCCUGCACACAGCCGAGAAGAGUUGCAGCAAUGUCAGUUGCCCAGAGAGUCUCCGAGGAGAUGGAUGUACCCCUGGGUGAGCAGGUGGGUUACAGCAUUCGUUUCGAGGACUGUAGCUCCCCAAAGACAGUCCUGAAGUACAUGACAGAUGGUAUGCUGCUGCGAGAGGGCAUGUCUGAUCCAAUGCUAGAGGCAUACCAGGUAAUUCUCUUGGACGAGGCCCACGAGAGGACCCUAGCCACAGAUUUGUUGAUGGGUGUUCUGAAGGAAGUGAUCAAGCAGCGCUCAGACCUCAAGCUUGUUAUCAUGUCUGCGACCCUUGACGCUGGAAAGUUCCAACAGUACUUUGACAAUGCACCCCUGAUGAACGUUCCUGGUAGGACACACCCAGUGGAGAUAUUUUAUACUCCUGAGCCCGAGAGGGAUUACCUGGAGGCAGCAAUCAGGACAGUAAUCCAGAUUCACAUGUGUGAGUCUGGGGCUGGGGAUCUUUUGCUGUUUUUGACAGGCCAGGAGGAGAUCGAGGAAGCCUGCAAGAGGAUCAAGAGGGAAAUGGACAAUCUCGGGCCUGAGGUUGGCGAGCUCAAGUGCAUUCCUCUGUAUUCAACCCUUCCACCGAAUUUACAGCAGAGGAUAUUCGAGGCAGCCCCUUCCAACAAACCGAAUGGCUCCAUUGGGAGAAAAGUUGUCGUAUCAACCAACAUCGCUGAGACAUCACUGACAAUCGAUGGAGUUGUCUUUGUCAUUGAUCCUGGAUUUGCUAAGCAGAAGGUUUACAAUCCCAGGAUUAGGGUAGAGUCUCUACUGGUUUCACCCAUCAGCAAGGCAUCGGCUCAGCAGAGGGCUGGACGUGCUGGACGAACGAGACCUGGAAAAUGCUUCAGACUGUACACUGAGAAGGCUUACAAGAACGAAAUGCAGGACAAUACCUAUCCGGAGAUUCUCAGGUCUAAUCUGGGAAGUGUUGUUCUCCAGCUGAAGAAGUUGGGGAUCGAUGAUCUCGUGCAUUUUGAUUUCAUGGAUCCACCAGCACCUGAGACACUCAUGAGGGCUCUGGAAUUGCUUAAUUAUCUUGCUGCUCUUGAUGAUGAUGGAAAUUUAACUGAUCUGGGGGCUGUAAUGGCUGAAUUCCCUCUUGAUCCUCAGCUCGCUAAGAUGCUUAUUGCAUCGUGCAAUCAUAAUUGCAGUAAUGAGAUACUCAGCAUUACUGCUAUGUUAUCAGUCCCACAGUGUUUUGUGAGGCCUAAUGAGGCGAAAAAAGCUGCUGAUGAUGCGAAAAUGAAGUUCGCUCAUAUUGAUGGAGAUCAUCUCACGCUGCUCAAUGUUUACCAUGCCUUCAAACAGAACAUGGAGGAUCCUCAGUGGUGCUACGAUCACUUCGUCAACUACAGAUCCCUGAAGAGUGGUGACAACGUUCGACAACAGUUGAGCCGAAUUAUGGACAGAUUCUCUCUUAAGAGAACGUCCACAGACUUCACAUCAAAGGACUACUACAUCAACAUUCGAAAGGCACUGGUCGAUGGUUUUUUCAUGCAAGUCGCUCAUCUCGAGAGAAGUGGCCACUACCUGACGAUUAAGGACAAUCAGAAUGUACAACUGCACCCGAGCAGUUGUCUAGAUCACAAACCAGAAUGGGUGAUAUACAAUGAAUUUGUAUUAACGACAAAGAAUUAUAUAAGAACAGUAACUGAUAUAAAACCUGAAUGGCUGUUGAAAAUUGCCCCUCAAUACUACGACCUACAGAAUUUCCCUCAGUGCGAUGCAAAGAGACAGCUGGAGUUGAUUCAAGCCAGAUUAGACUCGAAACAGUACCAAGAAGGCUUCUAACCACGAGUCACUCUAGAAAGCUGGAAAAAUCGUUUCGAUGCUAGAGAUCACGACUAUCAUUUGGGUCCACUGUCGAUUUAAUGUUUAUUUCAUUGAAUUUUCUCUCGUCGAAAGAAAAAAAUCAAUUUUUUUGUUAUCUGUAUUCGUGAAGAAAAUGGAUUAAAGUCAGAGAGGGAAUAGAUUAAUUUUGUAUCGCCUUUAAAAAAAAAUAAUUCUUGACACAGUUAUUGUGCCACAUUACUCAUCUCCAAGAUUUUAAUCCACGAAAUUUAAUUCAGACACUAGUUUAUCAUUGCUUAAUUAGUUAUUCAGUAUCUCUCAUAUUUAUUGUAUUGUCAAUCCACUCACUGCAGAUUUGAGGGUAGAGUUGAUAGAAAUGGAUUUUACUUUGUCGACAGGCAAUUUUAUUUCAGUCAUAGGGAGGAAUGAAAUUACAAGGGAACGUUAAUCAAAAGUCUCAGUCUGAUCGGCGUAAUACUUAGGACAGCCAAUAACCCGUGUAUUUAAUUAAUCUACACAGAAAGUCUAAAUGAUUUUCUCAUAUUGUUUGUAACAAGAAAAAUUGCAUGAAUAUUUUCGUCGUCCGAGAGAUCAAUUUAAGUUUUGUAAAUAAAAAUCAUCAUCAGGUGUCUCAGUUGUCUGAUGGGAAUGGUAUUUGAUUACUGUACGAAUUCAUUCCAAUAAAACGAAGAAAAAACAUG